AUGGGCCGAAUCUUAUUCACAGAGUGGAUGGCUGUGUGCUGGAACCCUUCCACUGAUCAGCUUAACGUCCCUGUGAUGUUUAACGAGCUGUUAUAUCUGAGUGCGGGCUGGCCUGCGGGUUGCGCCAACAACAUCUCCAUGUUCAUCACAGCUUACGUGACUUUGGAGAGGUACCUCUGCACGGUGCUGCCCCUGAAGAUCAAGAAAAUCAUCACCCCGAGAAGAACCGUGGCGGUCAUCGUAAGCAUCUACGUCGUCUGUGUUGCAUACGUAGUCCCGGAGUACGCCUACGUUUACUACGACUGGAACUUCUACCCUGCUCUGAACAGAACGAUGCUGGGGCUGGCUUUCAGGAGCGAAUUCCUGGAUCUGAAAGGCCUUUCAUUUUUAAUUCACGCCAUCCUGGUAGUAUCAGGGCUUUUCAGUGUUAGCCUUUUCAGCGUUCUGCUUGUGACACAGUUGAAGAGGCAAACGAGCUGGAGAAAGAGGCACACCAGAAGUGAGAAUCACGCGGAAGCCUUAACGUUGCGAGACCGGAAGUCGUCAGUCCUCAUAGCUGUGCUGGCUUUGUUCAUGGCGCUAGUUGACGUUCCCAUGUCACUGAAGUUUGAAAAGAAACUCGGUUAA